AUGGGAAUGCUGCGGAGUAUUCCCGAAAGAUGUGCCAAGUAUCCAUAUGAAGUUCUCGUCUUCUACCUCGUCAUUCUCAUCGGAUUACUAUCUCUUCCUCACUCAAAAGAAGCCCUCUUCCAACUUUCCUUCGACGAAUCUGAGUUCCAUUCCUUGAUCAUUGUCGCCAGAUGUCUCGCCAUUCUCCACACUUCUUAUCAAAUCAAGAAACUGCGCCUUUUUCAUUCAUUUUGGCUCGCCGCCGCGAUGGCAAUUUUCUCCCUCGUCAUUUUCUCCAGUUUCGUCUUGCUCAGCAGCAUGGUCGCUUCCUUCUUUCCCGACUCCAAAGUCCUCUCCUGGUCCACUUUGAUCCCUCUCUGCGUUCUCGUUACAGAAAUGGACUUUCCACACGCCCUUCUUUUGACUUCUUCCGAAUCCGUGGCGAACAAGGAGACGAUUCCACAGUCUAUCGCCAGCGCCACUUCACGCCUUGGAUUAAAAGCAAGUUCUACCUCUUUGCUGGACAUUUUCUGCCUUGGAAGCGUCAUUUUAUACAACAGAUAUGAUCUUUCCUCCAGCGGGAUGAAUUUCGCCCUCGCUGUCAGCAUCAUCUGCGUCUUACUCCAAAAUUUGAUCUUCUUCACGCUCGUUCCUUCGUUGACGAGCUUGAUUCUCUACUGGUUCCCUAGAGCUCCUCUCAAAGCGUUAACAGACGAUGGCCACAUUUGUCUGCUCACUCAGCGAGCUCUCAGUUCCCUCAAAUUCGGCUCCGGCUUUGAAGUAUCCAUCCUCGUCACUUCCACCUUCGUCCUCGCGCAAUCCAAGAAGGUCUUUGGCCUCGUUCUCCGCCAAUUCUGCCCAUUUUACCUGCUCGACUUUCUGCGGCGAAAUGUGUCGCCAUUUUGGCCCAGCCGUAUUUCGUUCUCCGAGACUGGCAUUUGGACCUUCCUUUCCGUCUCGAUUUUCCGAUACUUGAUCCUGGACAAUGUCCGACGAUCCCGAGCUCGUCAUCUUUCUUCUUCCGACAAGCCGCUGAAGAACUCCUCCGCCCGAGUUCGCCGCCAGAGCGAUUCUUUCUACGAUUUUGAUUCGAACGAAGAAAUCAGAGAUUUAGAAGAAAUGAAGCAGCUUCUUUCGGAGAAAAAGUGCGAUCUGAUGAAUAAUUCUGAGAUUUUAUUCCUUCUCAAGCUCGGUUUAAUCCGGCCCUAUGCUUUGGAAAAGAUUCUGCAAGAUGCAACGCGAGGUGUCGUUAUUCGUCGAAGGUUCUUGGGCGAAGAGAAGUUCAGGUCGUUGCCAUAUCAGAAUUACGACUUCGAAAUUGCGGCGAAAGCGUGCUGUGAGAAUAUUGUCGGAUACGUGCCCAUUCCGCUGGGAGUUGUUGGUCCAAUUUUGGUCGAUGGACGAGAAUGCAGUCCGCUUUUGGCAACGACAGAGGGCGCCUUGCUUGCGUCCGUGAAUAGAGGAUGUAAAGUUAUCAAGAUCUCUGGCGGCGCAAAAACGUCAAUCUUUAGGGAUGAGAUGUCCCGAGCUCCGUGUGUAUCCUUCCCUUCCACUGCAGCCGCCCUGGAUUGCUUCCAAUGGCUCGAGGACCCAUAUAAUUUCACGAUUAUCAAAGACGCCUUCGAAACGACAACUCGUUUUGGGAAAUUGCUGAAAGUAACGCCCUAUCCGGCGGGUCGCCUCCUUUUCCUUAGAUUUUCAGCGUCUACUGGAGAUGCUAUGGGAAUGAAUAUGGUAUCUAAAGGAACUAACAAAGCGGUGGAUACGUUACUUGGACUUUUCCCAAGCGCAAAACUGGAGUCGAUUUCGGGAAAUGCGUGUACCGAUCAGGGUUCGCUUGAGCUCAAAUUACCGAACCCUGGUACCGAUAAAAAACCAUCAGCGAUGAACUGGAUCAACGGCCGUGGAAAAACGAUAAUCGCGGAAGUUUCGAUUCCAGAAAAAGUCUUAGUUGCUAAUUUCAAGUGUACAGCGAAGCAGCUGGCUGACCUGAACGUCAGAAAGAACCUGAUAGGGUCAAACGUUGCGGGUUCCAUCGGCGGAUUCAACGCGCACGCAGCCAACAUUGUGGCGGCUUGCUUCAUCGCAUCUGGCCAAGAUGCCGCACAAGUUGUUGAGGGAUCGCAGACGAUGACGUUAUUCGAAGAACGGGUCAUUGAUUCAGGGAAUGGGUUGAUUUCACUUGAAUAA